AUGGGUUGCACACCCUCUCACAGUGAGCUUGCUAAUACUAUUGCAAGAAGUGGUCUUAAGGCUUUAAAUAAACCCAAAAGCGUUUUGCGUAUUGAGCCAGGAGAUAAAGGAAUACCUCUACUGGUUAAAGGUUCAUCUUCUUACAAUAUUGAUGAAUUACACCAAUAUGGGAUCCAGAGGAAAGACUACAUGGGAGAAAAGGAGGAUAAACUGUCAGCGCAGGAAAAUAAUGAUAAUUUGCAGUCACCUUCCAAGGCUCAUUCAGAUCUCCACAUUUCCGGGGAAGACAAGAAAAUUGAGAGGACAGCCAUAGAUGCCGAAGUUGUUAUGUCUGAACUGAUUGAGUCUCAAAAACACAUCACUGAGGCCAUACAGAUCAGAAAGCAAAGCUCCUGUGAAUCAGAAAAAACAGCUUUCAUUUGGGAUGACAAGAAUGAAAGCAAUGCAAAUCAAAUGCUAAAGAAAGGAAAGAAGCAAAAAAAUCAUAAGCUGGCAAAGCAAGGUCGACCUAGCAAAAGUAAAGUCAAGUCCAUUUUGGCCCCAUGUGAGACAGAGAAAAAGAUAGAUUUCCCAGAACUACUUGUUAAGGCUCAUCAGAGUGCAUACGCCUACUUAAAUCCCAGCAUCUCCAAGUAUGAAACUAUACUUCACAUGGCCAGCCAGGCUACCCAAACUCAGCUCUUCCUACAGCAGAUGGUAAGCUUUCUUGUGCUUCGCUUUGAUGAAAUCAAUCAGCUCCUGGAGGAAAUUGCCAACGAUGGAGAAAAUCUUCUCAAAGAUGUAGGUGGGAAUUUGGCAUGGCCAGCAGGAAAAGGUGAUUUGAAGGAGCACCCUGAUCUUCUGCAACAACUACUGCAGUACACGGUCAAUAAAAUGCAAUUACUGAGUGGGAUUCUGGCCUCGCUCACCUCCAGUGCCCUGCAGGAGACCUGCAGAUACAUGCAGUCUGCUGCAAGCAACUUGGAAGGAAAGCUGAAAGCAAAGCAAAGCUUUGAUGAGCGCUUGCAACGGGUGGUAAGGCUGCUUGAAGCCUCAGCAGUGGGAUCCUCUCAGUUCCACAAUGAUGACAGGACUCUCUGUUCUGAGGAUAGUGGCAUUGGCGUGGACAAUGAAUCCCUCAAGGAGUUCAGUGUUUUCAGCCAGCAUGCAGGACAAGCAAGCUGUGAUUCCUGUGCACAUCGACAUCCGUCCCAAAAGCACACCAAAACAGUGGAGCAUGUAUAUGAUGGGACAUCGUUACUGGAUACAGCCAGAUCCCAUGACUAUGCACUCAAAAGUCAUUUUAAAGAUGUAUUUUAUUCAACUGCGCAGAGUAGGGGAGCCGCUUCUUGUCAGGCUGGAGUACCAGAAGGCAUUUCUACCAUGUCCCAAUAUGCAAGCUUGGGCAAAAGCCAUUCUUAUAACUUCUUCCACUCUGAUUCUACUCAGGAGGGUGAACAUUUUAAAAUCUGUGAAUCAACAGAUUUUCCUUCUGAUUAUGAUGAGGACGAUGACCAAGGAAGCACCCAGGGAGAGGAUGAUGACAAUACAAGUUUAUCAGAAACAGGGAAGGAUGCUCUGCCGAGGAGGCCCCUGACUUCACCUGCAGUCACUGAUAACACACAAAGGCAGUCCAUCAAUAGGACGGAGAAUGCAGAUACAGAAGAAAUUAUUCUGAAGAUGAAGGAUGCCAUCAGUGAAAAAAUCAAGUUUGUCCCAGCUAAAUCUGGGCAUAAAGAAUGGAUAGAGGAUGAGAGUGGAAGAGCAGUACUAACAGCAAGACCAAGUACAGCAACAGGUAGCCGGAAAACCUACAGGAAACAACAACGGUCCAGGUCAGAGGAGUCCCUCAGAAGCCAGGGAGAGGAUCCAACCCUCCUAGAGCUUCAGAGAACUCAAAAAGAGCUCAGCAAAAGGCUGGAAAUAUUUAAUGAGAAGGAUACAGAUAGCAAUCCAGAGCCUUGGAAAUCAAGAACAGCACCUUAUCUGCAGGAUCGGCAAGUUACAUCUAGGUCCUCUAGCAAACUGAAGGCAUUCCUUUCAAAAAAUUUCAGCAUCCUGCCUAACCAGGAUAAAGUCCCUUUGUUCAUGGUUGAUCAAAUUCCCACCCAUCACCUGGAUGAUAAAAGAAGCAGGAAGCCUUUAAGAGCUACUGUGCCCAUGCAGGAGACAUCAGGAGGUAAAGAAAAGGAGCCUCUUGGAGCACAAAUGCUCAGUGGCAGCUGCUGUGCCCCCCGACAGUCUGUCAAAAAGCUUAUUGAAACAUUCAGUCCUACUGAUGAUCUUCUGAAAGCUGCACCUUCAAGAUCUUUAGGUCCAAUGAAGUGCACCAGAAAAUUUGAACUUCCAGGCAUCCCACCUAUCAUUCCCUUUCAGAAAGGCCUGGCACCUUUACAUUUUAAGCAUCGUAUUUCACCAGUAGAAGAAGCAAAUCCUUCAAACACCAAUGGAGUUUCAAGCUUUCUGAAUGCCUUUCCUCCAGCACCAGCUGAAGAGCUAAGCAAGGACACAAAGGAAGAGACUGAUGAAGACAUAGAGAAUCUGCCACCACCACCACCUGAAAUGUUAAUGGACACUUCUUUAGAUUUAUCUCAGCCUGAAGAAACUGCACAAAUAGAAGCAAACUCUUCAGAAGAUGCCAAAAAUCCUGCCAAAACAGAAUUUCAUGCUACUAAGAGAUCACAGGUUUCCCCAAAAAUUAAAGCCUCUCUUCAGUCCAUUGACUUAUUGCCAAGUAAAAAUACCAGUGGCCCUAGCGCAAUUGCUAAUAAAGGUCUAAGGAAUACUGGAGCAGGGGACAAAAAGCUGAAGAGGUACUCUCUGGAGCUGAACCCUACCAACGUGCACAUACCUAGCCAGGAAGAGAUAUUGGCAACCCAGAGAAAAGAGGCUGCGGAUUUGUACAAGCAAACCCAUAAAAUUAUUCCUCUUCAAAAUCCCAGUGAGGCUUCAAAACCAGACAGCAACAGCUCAGAAAGAAAAGAGCUUAGUUCACCUGUGACUUCAGUGCAACACCAGAAGCACAAUUUUUCUGAUUUGCGUGGGAGAAACAAAAAAAGGUCAGUGCUUUCCAGGAGCGUAUCCCCAACGAGAACUCCUUCUUCUCCACCAACUGAGAAACGGUUUUUCAGCUCCCCAACACACCACAGGCACUCUCUGCAGGGUUUUAGCAACCCACAACCAAGCUCACCCACCAUGCAGAAGAAACCCAGUCCCCCCUCUAGCCCCAGGAUGCCCAGCCCACCUUUGCAGAAGAAGCUGCUCUCUCCGCCACCACAGCGAAAACCUCUCAGUCCUCCUGGGGGGCACAAGCAAAGCUCACCAACACUGCAGCAGCUGCUGGGCUCCUCAGCCUACCACCAAGAGGCAAGCCCCCCUCCAUUCCUCAUCACCCCCUCCCCACCAACCUCCCCAUCCCACUCCUACAAGGGGCCAAGAGCUGGGCUGGAUGCUGGAGAGGGGUACCACCUUCCAUCCUCCAAGAGGGGUAGCAAUGUCCGUUCAAUAUUUUGCCGGGCCACUUCUUCCUUAUUCGAAGCCAAACCUUCACUGGUACCCAAAAAACCUGCUGCAGAGGGGACCAGCCAGCCUGAAGCUUCACUGUUUUCCCCAAAGAGCAGUCCACUUUUCCGGCAGCCUGGAGACCAGACCAGAAAACUGUCCCUGAGUGCUGCCAAUCCUCAGCUGUUUGUGAAGAGAAGUUUCUCUGACCGCCGACCAGGGGUCCAGUUUCAUCUUCCAGCUCCUGUAACAAGUGGCAGUGAACCUGCACUUAACCAAGCAAACUUGGAGGAGAGCCCUAGAAAAGCAGGUAACUCUUGGAGCAGCCCUUGUGUUCCUGAAAUCAAAGAGUCCAACAGAUCUGCUUCCCACCCCGAACUCUAUGUUGUGGGCCAGGGGCUGCAGAGGGACUGA